AUGCUCUCGAGAGCGCUUCUCCGUCCGCCCACUUCAUCGCUCGCCCUCAGGCCCGUGUUCGCCAGCCCAGCCCGUUUGGCUCACUCCUUCCCUUCUCCAUCGUCCCCCACCAGGGCUUGCCCCUCCUGCCAAUCGCCCAUACCUCUCCCACUCUCCCCUUGCUCCAAAUGCUCCUCCUUACUCCCUCUUCCAUCGGACAUGUCCCACCACUCGGUUCUGUACCUCUCAUCUCCGAUCGCUGCCUCCGCUAGAGGACCAUUCGACCUGCCCAAGGAGCUGGAGCAAUUAGAGGCUCAUGGGUUUGGUGUUGAUAAGAAGGAGCUGAGGGGUAAUUGGUUGCAGAGGCAGUCGGCUCUGCACCCGGACAAAUUUGGGUCUAAGGGGGAACAGGCGGUGCAUCUGGCGAGGGAGCUGAGUGGACGGGUGAAUGAAGCAUACGCCGUCCUAGGAGACGACCUGCGCCGGGCAGAGUAUAUUCUGUCCAUAUACGCAAAGGACACCCAAGAGACGGACAAGUUGGACGAUUCUAUGCUUCUAAUGGAGGUUCUGGAGGCCAGGGAAGAGCUUGAAGAAGCCGAGUCGCAGGAAGAGAUUGAUAGAAUACGGGGUUUGAAUCAAGAGAAAGUAUCGGAGAUUACACAAGCUCUAACGGCAGCGUUCUCCGAGACGCCGCCCAAGUUGGAUGAAGCCAAGGUGUUGGCGGUCCAACUCAAAUAUUGGAUGGGGCUGGAGAAGGCCGCAAAGGACAAGAUCGUGUAA